GUGUGGAAAGCGCGUGGUGUGUGCUUUGGGUGUCUUGGACGAUGUCGUUAAAAAAAAAGUUGUCAAUGGAAAUUGUCCCGCCGAAUGUUUUUUGAGGCUUAUCGAUCGGCGUAUCGGGCGGCGCUAAGUGACGGCAUCCCCCCUCGCACCUAACAGUAGAGGGAAACACUGCGCCCAGUCCAAUCGCAUCGCGUACAUGCUAGGUCAACAAGACCGAGACGGCACCCAUAAUACACAGACGCCCCCUGAAGUUGGCAUACAAUUGUACGAGCAGGAGAGUCGCCAAGAAAGAAGAAAAUACACGCUCCGCUUGCGUUCACCGUCUCGACGCGUGCCAGGGCGCUUUCAGCUCAAGUCACGGACCGCGGGGCCACGGAGACAUAGUAGUCAUGGAGCCAGAGUACCCGAGUCAGGAACCCGCGCAGCAGGCCUCCUUCGCACCUGCCGUGCAAGUCGCGCCUGAGCAGCUGCAGCCCGAGCCAGUACUGCCCGAGCAAGUGCCCGUCCAAGGCGACCAGGAAGCGCAGAAGCACAUGGACCAGACCAUGGACGGCGCCGACGACAGCAUGAGCUCCACCAUCACCGCCUCGACUGUCACGCCCCUCCCAGACCUCAGCCAGAACACCAGCCUGAACAACAGCCCCAACCCCUACGAGCAGCCUCACCGGCCCUCAACCUCGUACUCAGACACCGCGUACCAGUACACCACACACAACGGCUCGCGUUUCAACACCUCCUCAGACGCCGACACGCCUCCGCGACAUGGCUACUACGACGCCAACAAAGAGACACAUAUGGGCCAGUCGCAUUCGCGGCCGAGCUCGCAGAUGGGACGGUACCCAACCUCCGAGGGCAACACGCGCUCCAACUCGUACCAAGAGCAAUCACGGAGCGCACAACAACAACAGCAGCAGCAGCAGCAAGAGGCUGCCAAGAACGCCAGCGUUGUCAUCAAAGUUGGCAUGGUUGGAGACGCGCAGAUUGGAAAGACCAGCUUGAUGGUCAAGUACGUCGAGGGCAGUUGGGACGAAGACUACAUCCAAACACUCGGUGUGAACUUCAUGGAAAAGACCAUCUCGAUUCGAAACACCGAGAUCACCUUCUCCAUCUGGGAUCUAGGCGGUCAACGCGAAUUCGUCAACAUGUUGCCGCUGGUCUGCAACGACGCCGUUGCGAUACUCUUCAUGUUCGACUUGACACGGAAGAGCACGUUAAACUCCAUCAAGGAGUGGUACCGACAGGGACGCGGCUUCAACAAGACUGCCAUCCCGUUUCUGGUCGGCACAAAGUACGACCACUUUGUCAACUUCCCACGAGAAGAACAGGAGGAGAUUUCCAACCAGGCUAAACGAUUUGCGCGAGCAAUGAAGGCCAGUCUGAUCUUCAGCUCGACUAGUCAUAGUAUCAACGUGCAGAAGAUCUUCAAGAUCGUGCUAUCAAAGGCCUUUGACCUCAAGUGCACUAUUCCCGAGAUAGAAAACAUCGGCGAACCCUUACUCCUCUACCAAGCCGUCUAGUCGCCGGACCGUAGAGACCGUAGAGUCAGACCCAGAACAGAGGGAACACGUAUGAACCUAUCUGAGGGCCAGAUCGGGCACGUCUUCUAUCGGAAUGUUACCAUGAGCGAAUGAUUUUCAUGACUGUUUUGCGUGGGAUUGCAUGGCUCGGCGAUUGGAGCAAGGUGCUAAGAUACAUGGUUGGUACAAAACCGGCGUUCUUCUGCUUUGUGUAUGCGGAAGUGAUUGUAUGAUUCGAACAUCAAGGCCUCGGCCGGGGCGCAGGUCUAGCGCCAGGAGCGCGCAAGAUACGCAGCCUCACAGCAAACAUCGUAGUGUAAUAACUAGUAGUUGGAAUCGAGCA